AUGGGGCUUAUUGGUGGCAUCUCUCCUGGCGGGAGCAUUGCUCUCGGAAUUGUAGUUGGGCUCCUGUCGACGAGUGUUCAGAGCCUGGGCCUCACACUUCAACGCAAGUCGCACAUCCUCGAAGACGAAAAGGGUCCGUACGAUGUGAGGCGGCCGCCGUAUCGGAGGAGGAGGUGGCAACUGGGCAUGGGCAUGUUUGUCAUCUCCAACGUCCUGGGAAGCUCGAUCCAAAUCUCCAUGCUCCCUCUCCCGGUUCUAUCGACGCUGCAAGCCUCAGGCUUGGUGUUCAACUCGAUCUGCGCCACCCUUAUACUCGGAGAGCCGUUUACAAGAUGGUCCUUAUGGGGCACGAUGCUGGUAUGCGGCGGCGCCGUCUUGAUCGCCAUCUUUGGAGCCAUUCCUUCGCCCGCGCAUAAACUGAGCGAGCUCCUGGACCUCCUCGGGCGACGGCCCUUUGUGCUCUGGAUGUCGUUUCAGGCCGUCAUCGUGAUUGCGAUUGCCGUCACGACCGAAUUCGCCGGGCGCUUCACGGCACUGGCGAAUGACUCUCGAUUUCGACUCGCGCGCGGAUUUGCAUACGGGUGUAUAAGCGGUAUACUGUCUGCGCAUUCGUUGUUGGUGGCCAAAUCCGCCGUCGAGCUACUUGUCAAGACAAUCAUUGAUGGCGACAACCAGUUUGUCCACUGGCAGUCUUGGAUGCUAGUGAUUGGCCUCGUCACCCUCGCUCUCACCCAGCUAUACUAUCUCCACCGAGGCCUCAAGCUGGUCUCGACCUCAGUGCUGUACCCGUUGAUAUUCUGCAUCUAUAACAUUAUCGCCAUCCUCGACGGGCUGAUCUACUUCCGGCAGACCGAUCUCAUUAGCCCACUUCAUGCAUGCCUCAUCACUCUCGGCACCGUCAUUCUUCUUUCUGGUGUUCUGGCCCUGUCAUGGCGCCUCAGCGAUGAGCAACACGCGCCGGGUGUUGGACAGUCGACCCUAGCGCCGGGCCUAGGUCUCUUUGACGACACAGAUGGCGAGGAGGAAGAAGAGGAUCUUCUCCUUCGUUCUGACAUUGGUGAAGAAGAGGACGUCCCACCCACAACGCAGUACAGCUACCAAACAUUUGGACCUGCCCGAAGUGGGGACAUGACUGGCGAAGCCCAUCCCCAACCACAGAGGAAACGCUCAAUAGCCCCACCGACGAGAAGGGGUUUGUCACGGUGGACCGAACGCGCAGAAAUCUGGGAUGAACUGGAAGACCGCGACACGCCUACUUCGCCGUCGUCUAUUAGGCGACGAUCGACCACUCUACCCUCCAAUGACUCUAUGCCACUUCUUUUUCCAAAGAGGGGGCAGAACUUUCAACGUGGCCUCACCCAGGGUGAUCCCAGUGCAAGUGCAGACCAACUCAACACUGCUCUGAGGCAGAACUUUCAACGAAGACGUAAGUCAACAGGGUUCCCCGGCUUCACCGCACGAAAGACGGGGACGCGUAAGUCCUCGGGCGGGCUGCAAGAUGCUGUGAAUGGUCUUUGGAGGCUACGGUGGUGGAGGAAUAAAGAUCAGCAACAGCACGGCAAUGCCGGGUUCGCAAGGGAGCCCUUUGUAAGGAGUCCGGCUGUGGGAACAGUCGCGCCCUUGACGACUGCAGUAUCGAGGAACGAGCAACCUACCAUAACAAGAGAACGGCCAGAACCUACAGCUACUACAGAUAGAAGAGAUAUGGCCAUGUCUUCUAGGAACGAACCAUCAAGGCCGUCACUUAGCCAGGCUCCAGUUUCAGGCCGUGAGCGCCGCAGCUCCGGCGGGUCGUCGAGGAGUAGAGCAAACGAUGAUGGCUCGCCCGUAUAA